UUUGUACCCUCUGCAAACCAAUUUGUUUAAUCAGCAACGUCAUCAUUGUACAUUUUAGCCUCUGCUAGAGUAACUCUGAUAGCAAAACUACUGUACUCAUCAUCUGAGUCUUCACUACACGAAGGAAAUCAUGAAACAAGUUUGGUUUGCAGUUCUUAUGCUGGUGUACCUGAACUUUUCCAUGAGGGCUGGCACUGUCCCGAUAUGUGGCUAUGGCCAGGCUGAGUGCCAGGUCCCUUCACUGGCAGAUCUCUUUGACAGGGUCAUACAACAGUCCUCAAGAAUGCAUGGCAUCUCUAGUGACCUGCACUCCCAAUUUGAGCAAUAUUUCUUUCCUAACAAGAACCUGAUAGGAAAACGGAAAUGUCACACAUAUGGGAUACUAACACCAGAUGACAAAGAGAAUGCACAAAGACUCGGAAGAGAAGAACUGACAGAGGUGAUUCUGAUGCUGCUGGGGGCCUGGAGUGAUCCCCUGUCACAACUCUACUGGAGCAUGUCUCAGGAUCAGAAUCAAGACUUCAACCACUACACCUCUAACAAGGCACUGGAGAUCACUGAUAUGGUGCAUGAGCUGAGAGACGGAGUGACAAAAAUGGCUGAGAAGAUGAAGUUGGAGGGUGUGCUUGGUAACACUGUGGGCUACGUCUCUCCAGAGAGUUUGGUCCCCUCUUCUGCUUUUUCUUUCUACAAACAGGGAGAGCUCGACUCAGUGGACCAUCACGACCUACUCUACUGCCUCCGCAGAGACUCCAACAAAGUCAAAAAUUAUCUCCGUAUCCUGAAAUGCACCACCCUUCCAGGACUGGACUGUUGAUGCUGCAGUGAUAGCAAAUCCUAGUGAGAUUUAUUUAAAAUUUCACCUAAAAAACCCGGGUUUGUCUCUCAUUCACUUUUAAGUAUGCUUCGUGUUCUUACUGUAGAUGCUUAAAUUCCUAAUGCAUUCCUUGUGUGCGUUUGUGUGUCCUCUUGGACUAUUAUUGCUAGAGCUAAUUAAGCAAUUUUGCUUUUGAGCAUUGAGCAUAAAAAGAUAAAAAAAAAUAAAAACAUGUCCUCAUUA